AUGGGUGAGUGGAUCCGCUGCGAGAUGCGUUCAUCCUGCCAGCACUUCUUUACUGGAUACCAAGAUUUUUUAGGUAAUCAACUGGAGGAGCAAAUUUCCCAUUUGAACUCUGCACCUGUGUCGGUUAUGAAGUGGCGGUUUCCUGUAAAUCAAUCGAUACAUCGCUUGAUAUCCGACCUAGGGGAAUAUGGCAUUAAUUCAAGGAAGAAAAAAUCCGAACUCACUCGUUUCCUAAACGAUUAA